AUGUGCCUCCAAAACGACAUUCUUCGGGUUGGCGAAGGGCUUCUUGGAGCCAUCGAGAAGGGUCACAGCUUAGCUGAUCUGAUUCCCGCUUGGAUGGAUGUUACUGCUCGAUUAGAGAGCGCCCAUACGGACGGUCUGCUCAACCAUGACAUCGCACAUGUCGCUUCGACUGUGGCCUCAGGCGUAGAGACCUUGACCACAUCUCUCAUCCGCCUCGAGGAAGCCAACGCCGCCGCGCUCGAUGACCUCUCAGCGGAGUUUAACAAGAUCAUGGUAGACCAUGAUCCAAGCCCUAAGCCCAACAUUCAACCCUUCCCCCGCCUGUUCAAACGCGCUUGCCGCUCCUCCACCCGCCACCCUCCUCGCCCUCGCACUCCCCCUCCACCCCCUCCCAGCUCCAACCCCCUCCCGACGCACGCCUCGACCACACACGACCCCCGCUCCCUCCCCCUCCGGCACUGGUUCCUCUCCAACCUCGCCUUCCCCUACCCCACCCCGUCCGAAAAAGACUCCAUCGCCUCCGAGUGCGGCAUCACCCGCGCCAAGGUCGAUUCGGACAUGACAAACUGGCGCCGCCGGUCCGGCUGGACCGACAUGAUGGUGCGGUUCUCGGGCGGUGAUCGGGAGGUGAUGCGUGAGAUGAUCGAGUACCUGGAGAGUACGGGUAGGGAGCGGGUGGGCGGGGUGGAGGGUGCGGUAGAUGGGGUGAGGCGGUACUUGAUGGGUGAGGGGCCGAGGGUCGAGGUGGGCUGGGUGGAGACGCUCCCCGCUUCAAACCGCAAGUCCAGCGCCAAAUCCACCCGCAAAGGCCCCAAGAACGCCCGGAAACGCCGUUCCUCCUCUUCCUCCCCCGACCCCGAGCAGGAGCAGACCACCUACCAGCCCAUCUCGUCCACCCGCGGUCGACCCGGCCAGCCCAUGCCCCACAUCCCAUCCAUCUCUUCCCUCUCUACCACCUCCACCUUUGUCGACCCCACCGGCGGCGGAGGCCAGAAGCGGACGGUCUCGGGCUCGUCGAGGUACUCCAACGGGACCGACUCGACCUGUGCCGAGAUGGACGAGUACGCGCCGUUCCCCAAGCGCGCCAACACCGGCUCGGAUCUCAUCGCUGCUCCCGCUCCCGGCCAGGCUGCCGAGCACCUCCCCUUCACCUUCCAGCCGAUCUACGCGUCUCCAUACGGUCUGGCCCCUUCCUCAUCAACCUCCAGCUCCGCCCAGAACACCCGUAAGCGCCCCGCCGAAGCCCAGAUCGGGUCGGAACACACCAAGUCCACACGCUUCGAGCACGGUCACUACUCGGCCCCUCCUCCCUCCUCCUCCACCUCGGCAUACCGCAACCACCUCUCUCCGCCGGGGACAACCUACACCUACUCUGCGCGCGCGCUCACGCCCAUCUCGUCCGAUGACGCCGGGUCCACGUCGGCCUCCGAGUCGGGAGAGGAGCAGAGUACGAGGCAGUCGAGCCCGUCGAGCGUCACGGACGUGGAGGCGAAUUAUCUGCCGUAUGCGAGCUUUGGGAGUUCGGGGGUUGUUCUCCAAGCUCAGGCUCAGACUGGCGGGUCGGGCAGUGGAAGCGGGAGUGGAGGAGUUGGGAUGGGGAUGGAGGGGCAGCAGGGGAUUUGGAGCACUAGUCAGCCGCUCGCUAGGCCCGACGGCUGGGGAGUCAGUGGGGUCAGGUUUGUCAUGCCGCAGGAGUAUGACUUUGCGCCGCAAUUGCAGGGAUGGGUGGGCAUAACUUCGUGGGGUGGGAGAGGCCGAGAUGGACUGGGUUUCCAACAAGCGGUCUAUGCGCCUCUUGUCAAGCCGAAGAAGACCGCUGGGGUCGAGGUGGAGGAUGUUCCGCCGGCGUAUAGCGCUACUUAA